AUGUCGCACUGCCUCUCCUUAUCGCCCUCUCUGUCCCAGUCUAUCGGCAUGGUUCGUCAUGCUCAGCUCGCGAGAUGCUUGAGCUCGACUGCCGGCGCCUUUCAGCGAUCACGGUCGUCAACCGAGAGGUUUUCCGAAGUUGUCAAGGUCAAUACACCACCUGGGAAGACUUCCCAACGCAAAACCCGCCCACUUCUGCGUCCUUCCCGCUCUCAUACCCCUCCUGAAGCCAGGCCACUGCGAUCGUAUUCCCAUCAACCCCCUCCCACCCCAGAGCCGCCCCUUGUCCGUCAAGGAUCGUGGCAGCCUACAAAAAAGCUCACAUAUUCUGCUAUGGCGGGGUUGCGGGCUCUACAUCAAUUUGAUUCUGAACGCUUUUCGAAAGCGGCAUUGUCGAAAAAAUUUGGAGUCUCCCAUGAGGCAGUCACUAGGAUCCUGAAGAGCAAGUUCCGCGACGACAAGAGCGCUGGAGGGCUGGAGGGAAUAGAUGCCCUCCAACACGGUCUUGCAUUCGGUCAGGAAGAGGCCAUGGGGGGGCUGGACAAGCCGAGUUUGAAGGGGACCAAAUGGGACAGAGAUCCUGGGACGAGCGAGAAUGUCAGUCCCGUGCCCUCAAUCAUGAGGGCAAUUCAAGAAUCCCGGAGGGGUAGAUAA